CAGGCUCCUCUGGUUGAGAGGAGAGUGCUUUAAAGGGGGAGGUGACGUGAUCACGCCGAAAUAGGCUCGUGAAGGGAGGGGUGCAAACAAACAAACGUUUACUCAUUUUCACCGUUAAGAGCUCUGUGGUCGAGGCGCAGCAGAAAUGGCGGAGGCUCACCAGGCUGUGGCGUUCCAGUUCACCAUAACACCAGAGGGUAUUGACCUGCAGCUGUCUUAUCAGGCCCUGAACCAGAUCUACCUCUCUGGAGUUAGAUCCUGGAAGAAACGAGUCAGCCGCCUCAAGCCUCCAUGUUUCCCUCAGCGCUCAGGGUCAAACCAUGGUGUCAGCUCUCGUCUUCAGCACUCUGCUGUGGCUCUCCCUCAUCCUCGCCCUCAGGUUCUGCCUGAAGCUGCUGCUCUCCUACCACCAAUGGAUCUUUGAAGUGCACGGCAGAGUUUCCAACACCACCAAAGUCUGGGGGACUCUUCUGGGGUUAUUUUCAAGGAGUAAGCCUUUGCUGUACAGCUAUCAGACGUCUCUUCCUCACCUUCCUGUUCCUGCCAUCAGAGACACACUCAGCAGGUACUUGGAGUCAGUGCGUCCCCUGCUGACGGAUCCAGAGUUCAAACGGAUGACGGGUCUAGCCAACGAGUUCGAGUUAACCCUGGGGAAUCGGCUUCAGCGUUACCUGAAGCUUAAAGCUCUGUGGGCCACCAACUAUGUGAGCGACUGGUGGGAGGAGUAUAUUUACCUGAGAAGCCGAGGUCCAAUAAUGGUCAACAGCAAUUAUUAUGGCAUGGACUUCCUGUUUGUGACACCAACCACAGUUCAGGCUGCAAGGGCAGGCAACACAAUCACUGCCCUGCUGCUGUACCGACGCAAAGUGAACCGAGAGGAGCUGACGCCGAGUCGUGUUCCAGGUACCUUCAUCCCUCUGUGUGCAGCUCAGUGUGAGAGGAUGUUCAACACGACACGCACACCAGGAGCAGAGACCGAUGUGCUCCAGCACUGGCAGGAUAGUGAGUUUGUGGCUGUCUACCACAAUGGCCGCUAUUUCCGCCUUUGGGUUUACCGGGGGGGGCGGCUGCUGUCUCCCAGAGAGAUCGAACACCAGAUCCAGAAGAUCUUAGAUGACCCCUCACCCCCAUUCCCUGGAGAGGCAAAGCUGGGAGUUCUCACCGCUGGAGACAGGGUCCCUUGGUUUCAAAUGCGGAAGCAGCACUUCAGCUCUGGUGUCAACAAGAAAUCACUGGACGCCAUUGAGAGGGCCGCCUUCUUUGUAACCUUGGACAAUGAAGAGCAAGGCAUGAGGGGAGACGACCCCGCAGGAAACCUGGACCGCUAUGCCAAAUCUCUGCUGCAUGGACAGUGCUAUGACAGGUAA